UUCUCCGCGCUCCCACUUAGGUAUUACGUGUGCGUCAGUCACCGUGGGCGGGCGUAGGCGGGCGUGGGCAGCAGGCCAGCAGGUUUACACAUAAAAGCCGCGGCUCAUCUUCUCGCCGCACAGACUCUCAAGCCCUCACUAAGCAGCACAGCGCGACAGACGCAGCUUUGGGAUAACAAGACACGUGAAAGUUGACUUUUGUGAUAAAGUUUCGACACAACAGCCAUGGCACCCACACACCAGUCUUCCGUCCUUGCUGAGAACAGUGAAAUGGCCACAAAAACCACAAGCGACUCCACGAACAUGGUCCACAGCAUCAAAAAGGAAAGCCACAGCAACAGCAGUAGCAGUAGCAGCAGUACCACAAGCAGCAAUGAAAUCAACGACAGACUCUUCGGGACGUCACAGGAAAUGUUGCUACCGAUCACUUCCAGGGGACACUUUUUCCGUGAUGCUUUCUUUCAAGACGCCCGCCAACACUUCGAAGGUGCAGUGACAAAUGUGCUCGACCAGUGGGGUCGCAGAUCGAGUGUGCAAGAUGACCUGACCAGCUACAGGAUGUUGCGGAGGGCUGACCUCAGCGAGAAUAGUCAGGCCGUCACAGUCACUGAGGACAGCACGUGCCACAAGGUGGUGAUAGACGUGCAAGACUUCAAGGAUGGGGGUGUAUCGGUGAAGGUGGUGGACGAGGACCUGGUGGUGGUAGAAGGCAGCAUGGAGCAGCAGAAUGGAGGGUCAGUGUCCAAGAAGAGUUUUCGCCGCAGCUUCGCCUUCCCAGGGCUGGUCAAGGGUGCAGGCGUCGCCUCCACCAUGUCCGCUGACGGCAUCCUCACUAUAACAGUGCCAAAGAAGGAGAACAUCACACAACUCACUGACAUCAACAUUCAGAGGUCCAGUAACAAGGCAAAUAGGACAGCAGAAACCACAAAGGUGUCAGCUGAGUCUGCUCACCAGACUUCAGAGAGACAGUCACAAAAAGCAUCGUCACUGGCUUCCAAUGAAACAACACACAAGAAUUCUCUUACCAAAGACUCAAAGGAAGUCCAUCAAGCAACCAGUGGAACCAACUCCACAACAGAAACAACUUUCAAGAAGUCAGUGUGUGAGAACAGCUUCCCAGUUCAACCCUCUGACCUUCUGCUGCCCAUUUCUCACAGUGGACCUUUCUUCCAAGACUCAUUCUUCACUCAAGCUCACCAGGAGUUUGAGGAGGCCAUGAAGAAGGUGCUGAACACUGUUGGGGAGUCUCCCAGAUCUGACGUCAUGACCUCUUACAGGAGUCUGCGGGAACAAAAUUUGACGGAAGAGAACCAGGCAUUAUCUGUCACUGAGGACAGUCAUCAGCACAAGGUGGUGAUUGAUGUCAGAGAUUUUAUGGCUGGAGACUUGAAGGUGAAGGUGGUGGAUGAGGACCAGGUGGUGGUGGAGGGCAGUGUGGAGCAGCAGAAUGGAGGGUCAUUGUCAAAGAAGAGUUUCCGCCGCAGCUUCAAUUUCCCUGGGCUGGUCAAGGCAGCAGACAUUGCCUCAACCAUGUCUUCUGAUGGCAUUCUCACUAUAACAGUGCCAAAGAAGGAGAGUGCUGCACAACUCACUGACAUCAGCAUUCAGAGGUCUAGCAGCAAGGCAAACAGGGAAGCAGAAACCACUGAAGUGUCAGCUGAAUCUGCUCACCAGACUUCAGAGACACAAUCACAAAAAGCAUCGUCACUGGUUUCCAAUGAAACAACACACAAGAAUUCUCUCACCAAAGACUCAAAGGAAGUCCAUCAAGCAACCAGUGGAACCAACUCCACAACAGAAACAACUUGCAAGAAGUCAGUGUGUGAGAACAGCUUCCCAGUUCAACCCUCUGACCUCCUGCUGCCCAUUUCUCACAGUGGACCUUUCUUCCAAGACUCAUUCUUCACCCAAGCUCACCAGGAGUUUGAGGAGGCCAUGAAGAAGGUGCUGAACACUUUUGGGGAGUCUCCCAGAGCUGACGUCAUGACCUCUUACAGGAGUCUGCGGGAACAAAACUUGACCGAAGAGAACCAGGCAGUGUCUGUCACUGAGGACAGUCACCAACACAAGGUGGUGAUUGAUGUCAAAGAUUUUAUGGAUGGAGACGUGAAGGUGAAGGUGGUGGAUGAGGACCAGGUGGUGGUGGAGGGCAGCGUGGAGCAGCAGAACAGAGGGUCAUUGUCCAAGAAGAGCUUCCGCCGCAGCUUCAACUUCCCUGGGCUGGUCAAGGCAGCAGACAUUACCUCUACCAUGUCCUCUGAUGGUGUUCUCACUGUCAUAGUACCAAAGAAGGAGAGUGUUGCACAACUCACUGACAUCAACAUUCAGAGGUCCAGUAGCAAGGCAAACAGGGCAGCAGAAACCACUAAAGUGUCAGCUGAAUCUGCUCACCAGACUUCAGAGAGACAGUCUCAAAAAGAAUCAUCACUAGCUUCCAAUGAAACGACACACAAGAAUUCUCUCACCAAAGAUUCAAAGGAAGUCCAUCAAGCAACCAGUGGAACCAACUCCACAACAGAAACAACUUGCAAGAAGUCAGUGUGUGAGAACAGCUUCCCAGUUCAACCCUCUGACCUCCUGCUGCCCAUUUCUCACAGUGGACCUUUCUUCCAAGACUCAUUCUUCACUCAAGCUCACCAGGAGUUUGAGGAGGCCAUGAAGAAGGUGCUGAACACUGUUGGGGAGUCUCCCAGAGCUGACGUCAUGACCUCUUACAGGAGUCUGCGGGAACAAAACUUGACCGAAGAGAAUCAGGCAGUGUCUGUCACUGAGGACAGUCACCAGCACAAGGUGGUGAUUGAUGUCAAAGAUUUUAUGGAUGGAGACGUGAAAGUGAAGGUGGUGGAUGAGGACCAGGUGGUGGUGGAGGGCAGCGUGGAGCAGCAGAACAGAGGGUCAUUGUCCAAGAAGAGCUUCCGCCGCAGCUUCAACUUCCCUGGGCUGGUCAAGGCAGCAGACAUUACCUCUACCAUGUCCUCUGAUGGUGUUCUCACUGUCAUAGUGCCAAAGAAGGAGAGUGUUGCACAACUCACUGACAUCAAUAUUCAGAGGUCCAGUAGCAAGGUAAACAGGGCAGCAGAAACCACUGAAGUGUCAGCUGAAUCUGAUCACCAGAUUUCAGAGAGACAGUCACAAAAAGCAUCGUCACUGGCUUCCAAUGAAACAACAAACAAGAAUUCUCUCACCAAAGACUCAAAGGAAGUCCAUCAAGCAACCAGUGGAACCAACUCCACAACAGAAACAACUUGCAAGAAGUCAGUGUGUGUGAACAGCUUCCCAGUUCAACCCUCUGACCUUCUGCUGCCCAUUUCUCACAGUGGACCUUUCUUCCAAGACUCAUUCUUCACUCAAGCUCACCAGGAGUUUGAGGAGGCCAUGAAGAAGGUGCUGAACACUGUUGGGGAGUCUCCCAGAGCUGACGUCAUGGCCUCUUACAGGAGUCUGCGGGAACAAAAUUUGACGGAAGAGAAUCAGGCAGUGUCUGUCACUGAGGACAGUCAUCAGCACAAGGUGGUGAUUGAUGUCAAAGAUUUUACGGCUGGAGACUUGAAGGUGAAGGUGGUGGACGAGGACCAGGUGGUGGUGGAGGGCAGUGUGGAGCAGCAGAAUGGAGGGUCAUUGUCAAAGAAGAGUUUCCGCCGCAGCUUCAAUUUCCCUGGGCUGGUCAAGGCAGCAGACAUUACCUCAACCAUGUCUUCUGAUGGCAUCCUCACUAUAACAGUGCCAAAGAAGGAGGAUGUUCAAAUGAUUGCCAGCAACUUCAAGAUGGUGAAUGCUGGAAACACCAGUAAGGCAGAAUUGUCUUCAAUUAAUAGCAGUUCAAAAUUGAUGAAGGAAAGCAACUCUAAGACAUCAAUCCACACUGAAACUGCAGUUGACACAGAGAAGCAGGUGUCAAGCAAUACAACUUGCAGUGAUAAAUGGGAAACUGAUAGCAAUUAUUCUGUAGAAUCAACAAAGAUAGGCAAUGGCCACCUGGAUGCUAAGAGAAGGUCAUCUUGGGAGCUGGACUCUCUCCUCCCUGUGUUUCCUAAAGGACCAUUCUUCCAUGAUUCUUACUUCAAGGAAUCUCGGCAGCACUUUGAUGCAGCUGUGAAGGAGGCCCUCAGUAGGCUUGGUCAUGAGGAAACACAAACAGACAACUUCUCCCUCUACAGGAAUCUACGCAUGAGUGACAUGACUGACCAUAGUCAGGCAGUCAAGAUCACAGAAAAUGAGCAGGUUCAUCAGGUGGUGCUCGAUGUGCACGACUUCCUGGGAGGUGAUAUCAAGGUCAAGGUGGUUGGGAGGAAUGAAGUGGAAGUGGAAGGGCGGAUAGAGAAGGAAGAAGGAGGGUGUAUGUCAAUGCAGAGCUUCUGCCGAAGCUUCCAUCUUCCUGGAGUGGUUGAUGUGGAUGCUGUGACAUCUUGUCUGUCCUCUGAUGGUGUCCUCACCAUAAAGGCUCCCAAAGGUGCUGCAGGAGCCGGCAGGGGAGGCUGCUGAGGCAGGUGGCUAUCUGGGCAGUAGUGAGGGGAAGUGGUUCUCUAAAUCAUGCAUUCGGUCCAAUGUUAUGAUAAACGUUCCUGUAACAAUUAGUCAGCUGAAUUAUUCUUGUUAAUUGUUUAAUCAUUUAUAUUUUGAUACAAAUUAUUUUUUAAAUAAAUUUAUAAUAAUU